AUGAGCGAAAUUUUGAAAACCAUUUGCGACUGGGUAUCAAGCUUAUGGUUUCCCACAUCAAAGGAAAAACUUCAAGACGCGGAGUCCAAAAUUCUGAAGCGGAUAAAACGACCAUGGAUCGGUAAUUUUAUUCGUGUGAGCGACGACGUUGAAAUGUGGACCAUUCAAGUGAAUCUGACGCCGUCAAAGGAACCUCCACUUGUCCUUGUCCACGGAUUCAUUAGUGGUGUCUGUUGGUGGGCCCAAAACUUCACCGACCUGAGUGAAGAGAGAAGCGUCUUUGCGUUCGAUUUACCAGGCUUCGGUCGAAGUUCCCGACCCGUGUUUUCAAGCGACUGCAAAGAAGCUGAGAACAAAUUUGUUCAGUACAUCGAAGAAUGGAGAAGGGCGAUGGGACUGGAAAAGAUUAUCCUUCUUGGGCAUAGCCUAGGAGGGUAUAUAGUCACGGCUUAUGCUUUGAAAUAUCCUGAGAGAAUCAAGCAUCUUCUUCUUUCUGACCCCUGGGGUUUCGCGAUUUUACCUGGCGGAAUAGUCGACCGACAUCCCGAUUCUGAACAGCAAUAUGAUGUUCUUCCACGAUGGGUUCACUUUUCCAAUUUCCUUAUAAAUACCUGUAAUGUGCUUUCCCCUCUUAGAGUUUUUGGACCGCUCGGACCAUGGAUUGCUCGCUUGGCGCAAUUUGACACAAACAAACGAGAAUCGGAGCUUUGGAAAGACAAGACGAUGCUCGAGUACAUCUACCACUGCAAUGCUCAGACUCCCUCAGGGGAAGACGCAUUUCGACACAUGAAUGUUUUCCUAAUGUGGGCCAAAUCACCGAUGGUAAAACGAGUCUCAGAGCUUCCCGAUGAUAUUCCAAUGACAAUAAUGUACGGAUCGUCGACAUUUUUUGACCAUCGCACUGCGUACGAGAUCAAAUGUAAUCGAGAGAAUUCCAAGGUAGAAGUCUUUAUUGUAAAAAAUGCUGGCCAUGACAUUCAUGUUGACAAUGCUAAGGAAUUCAACAGGAUUUUGAAGCAGACUGUAGAAGGUAUUUCAGACGAAGAAGAGUGGACCACUGUUGAUAACUAA